AUGAAGGCCGGCUCGGGGGAUCAGGGAAGCCCCCCGUGUUUCCUGCGCUUCCCGCGGCCCGUGCGGGUGGUAAGUGGCGCGGAGGCCGAACUCAAAUGCGUGGUCCUGGGAGAGCCGCCGCCCACUGUCUUGUGGGAGAAAGGCGGCCAGCAGCUGGUGGCCUCGGAGCGCCUGAGCUUCCCGGAGGACGGCGCCGAGCACAGCCUGCUGCUGAGCGGGGCGCUGCCCACCGACGCCGGGGUCUACGUGUGCCGCGCCCGUAACGCGGCUGGAGAGGCCUACGCGGCGGCCGCCGUCACUGUGCUGGAACCCCCUGCCCCAGAGCCCGAGCCUCAGUCCUCCGAGUGUCCGCUGCCGCCGCCGGGCACCGGAGAGGGCGCCCCCACGUUCCUGACGGGACCCCAAUCCCAGUGGGUGCUGCGCGGGGCGGAGGUGGUGCUGACGUGCCAGGUGGGAGGCCUCCCGGAGCCCGAGUUGUACUGGGAGAAAGAUGGGAUGGCCUUAGACGAAGUGUGGGACAGCAGCCACUUCGCGCUCGAGCCGGGCCACGGCGCGAGUGGCCAGGGCGCAAGUCUGACGCUGCGCAUCCUGGCGGCGAGGCUGCCGGAUUCCGGGGUGUACGUGUGCCACGCCUGCAACGCGCACGGCCACGCGCAGGCGGGCGCGCUGCUCCAGGUGCACCAGCCCCACGAAAACCCGCCCCAGGAUCCAGAUGAGGCCCCCAUACCCGUGGUGGAGCCGCUCAAGUGCGCACCCAAGACCUUCUGGGUGAACGAGGGCAAGCAUGCCAAGUUCCGCUGCUACGUGAUGGGCAAGCCCGAGCCCGAGAUCGAAUGGCACUGGGAGGGCCGACCACUGCUCCCGGAUCGCCGCCGCCUCAUGUACCGCGACCGCGAUGGUGGCUUUGUACUUAAGGUGCUUUACUGCCAGGCCAAGGACCGUGGGCUCUACGUGUGCGCGGCGCGCAACUCAGCGGGUCAGACUCUCAGCGCGGUCCAGCUGCACGUAAAAGAGCCCCGCCUCCGGUUUGCAAAGCCCCUGCAGGAUGUGGAGGGCCGAGAGCAUGGCAUUGUAGUGCUAGAGUGUAAAGUGCCCAACUCUCGGAUCCCCACGGCCUGGUUCCGAGAAGACCAACGCCUGUUGCCCUGCCGCAAGUACGAGCAGAUCGAGGAGGGCACUGUGAGACGCCUCAUCAUCCACAGACUGAAGGCGGAUGACGAUGGUGUCUAUCUGUGCGAGAUGCGGGGUCGAGUGCGCACUGUGGCCAACGUGACGGUCAAAGGACCCAUCCUGAAGCGCUUACCCAGGAAACUGGAUGUCCUGGAGGGAGAGAACGCAGUGCUGCUGGUGGAGACCCAAGAAGCUGGGGUCCAGGGGAGCUGGAGCCGCGAUGGCGAGGAGCUACCAAUCACUUGUCAGAGCAGUUGUGGUCACAUGCAUGCCCUGGUCCUUCCUGGGGUGACCCGAGAAGAUGCUGGCGAGGUCACCUUCAGCCUGGGCAACUCCCGUACCACCACUCUGCUCAGAGUCAAAUGUGUCAAGCACAGUCCUCCCGGGCCCCCUGUGUUGGUUGAGAUGUUUAGAGGCCAAAAGAAUACGGUCCUGUUGACCUGGAAACCUCCAGAGCCACCUCCAGAGGCCUCCUUCAUUUACCGCCUGGAGCGGCAGGAAGUCGGGUCUGAAGACUGGGUCCAGUGCUUCAGCAUUGAGAAAGCUGGAGCCGUAGAGGUGCCAGGGGACUGUGUACCCGCAGAGGGUGACUACCGCUUCCGCAUCUGCACAGUCAGCGAGCACGGCCGAAGUCCCCAUGUCGUGUUCAAUGGCUCUGCUCACCUUGUGCCCACAGCUCGCCUGGUGUCAGGCCUGGAGGAUGUGCAAGUGUAUGAUGGGGAGGAUGCCGUCUUCUCCCUUGAUCUGUCCACCAUCAUCCAGGGCACUUGGUUCCUUAACGGAGAACAGCUCAAGAGUAAUGAGCCAGAGGGCCAGGUGGAGCCUGGAGCCUUGCGGUACCGGGUGGAGCAGAAGGGCCUGCAGCACAGACUCAUCCUGCAGGCUGUCAAGCGCAAAGACACGGGGGCCCUGGUAGGCUUCAGCUGCCCUGGCGUGCAAGACUCGGCCGCCCUCGCUAUCCAAGAAAGCCCAGUGCACAUCCUGAGUCCCCAGGACAAAGUCUCACUGACUUUCACAACCUCUGAACGGGUGGUGCUGACCUGUGAGCUCUCCAGAGUGAACUUUCCAGCAACCUGGUACAAGGCUGGCCAGAAAGUGGAGGAGAGUGAAUCACUCAUAGUAAAGACAGAGGGGCGCAAACACCGCCUGAUCCUGCCCGAGGCUCAAGUCCGAGACAGCGGUGAAUUUGAAUGCAGAACGGAAGGGGUCUCAGCCUUCUUCAGUGUCACUGUUCAAGACCCCCCAGUACACAUCGUGGAACCCCGAGAGCAUGUGUUUGUACAUGCCAUCACUUCCGAGUGUGUCAUGCUGACCUGUCAGGUGGACCGAGAGGAUGCCCCUGUGCUCUGGUACAAGGAUGGGCAGGAGGUGGAGGAGAGUGACUUCAUGGUCCUUGAGAAUGAAGGACCCCAUCACCGCCUGGUGCUGCCUGCAGCCCAGCCCUCGGACGGGGGCGAGUUCCAGUGUGUCGCAGGAGAUGAACGCGCUUAUUUCACUGUCACCAUCACAGAUGUCUCUUCAUGGAUCGUGUACCCCAGUGGCAAAGUGUAUGUGGCAGCUGUCCGCCUAGAGCGUGUGGUGCUGACGUGCGAGCUGUUCAGGCCCUGGGCUGAGGUACGCUGGACCAAAGAUGGGGAGGAGGUAGUGGAGAGCCCAGCCCUGCUCCUGGAGAAGGAAGACACCAUCCGCCGCCUGGUGUUGCCCUCCGUCCAGCUUGAGGACUCCGGCGAGUACUUGUGUGAAAUCGAUGAUGAAUCAGCUUCCUUCACUGUCACCGUCACAGAGCCCCCUGUGCGGAUCAUAUACCCCCAGGAUGAGGUGACCCUGAUCGCUGUGAGUUUGGAAUGUGUGGUGCUGACUUGUGAGCUGUCCCGAGAGGAUGCUCCUGUGCGCUGGUACAAGGACGGGCUGGAGGUGGAGGAGGGUGAGGCCCUGGUACUGGAGAGCGAUGGACCUCGUCGCCGACUGGUGUUGCCUGCUGCCCAGCCAGAGGACGGGGGCGAGUUUGUGUGUGAUGCUGGAGAUGACUCGGCCUUCUUCACUGUCACUGUCACAGCUCCACCAGAGAGGAUUGUGCGCCCAGCUGCCCGGUCCCUGGAUUUACAGUUUGGGGCACCAGGACAUGUGGAGCUGCGCUGUGAAGUGGCCCCGGCUGGGUCCCAGGUACGCUGGUACAAGGAUGGGCUGGAGGUAGAGGCGUCCGAUGCACUGCAGCUGGGUGCCGAGGGGCCUGCCCGCACUCUCACCCUGCCCCACGCCCAGCCUGAGGAUGCCGGGGAGUAUGUGUGUGAGACCCGAGAUGAGGCUGUCACCUUCAACGUCAGCCUGGCUGAGCCCCCAGUGCAGUUCCUGGCCCCAGAGGCAGCCCCAAACCUGCUUUGCGUGGCUCCUGGGGAGCCGGUGGUGCUGAGCUGUGAGCUGUCCCGAGCGAGUGCACAAGUGUUCUGGAGCCACAACGGGAGCCCUGUGCAGCAGGAUGAAGGACUAGAGCUACAAGCUGAGGGUCCUCGCCGAAUCCUCUGCAUCAAGGCUGCAGACCUAGCUCAUGCAGGUGUCUACACCUGCCAGUCUGGGGCAGCCCCAGGGGCCCCAAGCAUCAACUUCAAUGUCCAGGUGGCUGAGCCCCCGGUGCGGGUAGUGGCCCCGGAGGCAGCCCAGACGAGGGUUCGAAGCGCACCAGGCGGGGACCUAGAGCUGGUGGUGCGCCUCUCCAGGCCAGGGGGCCCUAUACGCUGGUACAAGGACGGGGAGCGCCUGGCAAGCCAGGGGCGGGUGCAGCUGGAACAAGCCGGGGCCAGGCAGGUGCUACGGGUACGGGGGGCACGGAGAGGGGACGCUGGGGAAUACCUGUGCGACGCACCCCAGGACAGUCGCAUCUUCAUCGUCAGUGUGGAAGAGCCCCCACCAGUGAAGCUAGUCUCCGAGCUGACACCCCUGACAGUCCACGAGGGCGACGAUGCCACAUUCCAGUGUGAAGUUUCACCACCAGAUGCGGAAGUCACGUGGCUACGCAACGGAGCUAUUGUCAGUCCAGGGCCCCAGCUAGAAACGGUCCAGAACGGUUCAAGCCGCACUUUGAUCAUCCGGGGCUGCCAACUCCAGGACGCAGGGACCGUGACUGCGAGAGCUGGAGCCACUGACACAAGUGCCAGGCUCCACGUUCGAGAGACAGAGCUGCUGUUCUUGCGGCGGCUGCAGGAUGUGCGGGUCGAGGAAGGCCAGGAUGUGUGCCUUGAAGUAGAGACAGGCAGAGUGGGUGCAGCUGGAGCUGUUCGCUGGCUCCGAGGUGGGGAACCUCUUCCUCUCGACUCUCGCCUGACAACAGCCCAGGAUGGCCAUGUCCACCGCCUCUCCAUCCACGGCGUCCUACUUACCGACCAGGGUACCUACGGCUGCGAGAGCCACCACGACCGCACCCUGGCCAGGCUCAGUGUGAGGCCUCGGCAGCUGAGGGAGCUUCGUCCCCUGGAGGAAGUGACUGUCAGUGAGGGGGGCACUGCCACUUUCCAGCUGGAGCUGUCCCAGGAGGGUGUGACUGGAGAGUGGGCCCAGGGUGGAGUCCGGCUGUACCCAGGACCCAAGUGCCACAUUCAUUCAGAAGGCCGCACCCACCGUUUGGUACUUAGUGGCCUGGGUCUGGCUGACUCGGGCUGUAUCUCCUUCACUGCGGAUACUCUCAGAUGUGCUACUCGGCUCUCAGUGAGAGAGGUCCCAGUGACUAUUGUGCAGGGGCCACAGGACCAAGAAGUGACUGAAGGUGACACAGCCACGUUCGAGUGCCAGCUUUCCCAGACUUUGGCUGACGUUAUGUGGGAGAAGGACGGGCAGCCACUUUCUCUCAGCCCGCGCCUCAGGCUCCAGGCUCUCGGCACGCGCCGCCUUCUGCUGCUGCGGGGCUGCAACGCCUCGGACGCCGGGACCUACAGCUGCACUGUCGGGACGGCCUGCGCUGUGCUUGCACGACUAACCGUGCGCGAACGAGAGGUGUGUGUGCUCGGCGAGCUCCAGUCUGUUAGCGCCCGCGAAGGAGACAGCGCCACGUUCGAGUGCACCGUAUCGGAGACCGAAACCACCGGGCGCUGGGCGCUCGGAGGCCGCGCGCUGAGACCCGGAGGCCGCGUCCGCAUCCGACAGGAAGGGAAGAAACACAUUCUAGUGUUGAGCGAGCUGCGAGCGGAGGACACCGGGGAAGUCAGCUUCCAGGCCGGACCCGCCCAGUCCUUGGCUCGGCUGGAGGUGGAGGCACUGCCUCUCCAGAUGUGCCGUCGCCCACCUCGCGAGAAGACAGUUCUGGCAGGCCGCAAAGCAGUGAUGGAGGUGACUGUGUCCCGCCCUGGGGGCCACGUGUGUUGGAUGCGGGAGGGGGUCGAACUGUGCCCGGGAAACAAGUAUGAGAUGCGCAGUCACGGUCCCACCCACAGCCUGGUCAUCCAUGACGUCCGACCUGAGGACCAGGGCACCUACAGCUGCCAGGCGGGCCAGGACAGUGCUGACACACAGCUGCUGGUAGAGGGUGAGUAA